UGGGGAAGAUUCAUACACCUUUACUCUCUAACAAAUCUCUACUAAACAGAAUUUUGUUCCCAUGGGUUUGCUUGGAAGAUUUUUACGGAGUCUGUUUGUAUACCAGUGGUUCAAAUGUCAGCUUCAAACAUACCAAAAGGGCUUACGACUUGAAUUGUCACAUGGAAAAAGAGAGGGCCCAAGCAUGCAGUACCGGGACGCUUACGCAUUCUUUGUUUUCCUUGUCUUCAUUAUGAUCAUCUUCAACUACAAGGACUACACAGAGCGUCUAAAAACCACAUCCAAGCCCUUUACACCAGCUAAGUUAUCUCCCUUAUUAUCAAACAUCACGCUGAUUCAGAGACUUAACAGGUCUCUGACAUUGGUACAGAGUGAUCGGGUCGCGGAGUGCAUCACAUCCUAUCGGAAUGCCAAGAGUUCCACCCCAAACGAAGUGAUGGACUCUGAAGCAUAUCUAAAUGCACAUUCCUACCUGAAUUCCAACAGUCUCAUCAUCGACCUCGGAGGCAAGUCUGCAGAGGAACUGAUCAAGCGAUACAAGCCACGUCUCACCGUCAUUUUGGAGCCAGUUCCGUACUUCUAUCAGGAGCUUGUCAAAAAAUUCACUGGCAUUCCUAACGUCGUGAUUUUUAAUUUUGGACUUGCUUCGAAAAAUGAUGUAUACAGAGCCAAGAUGGACAACCAUCCGGAUAUGUCUACGGAUGCAAACAGAAAUGUAAUUGUAAAAGUUGUCAAUGCGAGGGAUUUCUUUGUAGAGAUGGGUGUAGGAUUUUUCGAUGUUGAUUUGUUGAAUAUGGACUGUGGGGGCUGUGAAUAUGAUGUUUUGGAUGUAAUUCUCUCAUCAACACUCAUCAAGCACUUCAGAAACAUUGAAUUUCAACCACAUCCAAAAAAGAGUAUAUAUGACUCUGUUCGAAGAUAUUGUCAAUAUGAAGAAUUGCUUAAAGACACACACCAGAACGUCUUUAAUCAGAAACUUGUGAAGGAGAGUUGGUCUCGUUUGGAACUUCAAAAAUAGUGAAUAUUUUCGGUAGCCAGUCUGGUUAAUACCAUCAAAACGUGCUUAAAAUAUUCCAUUUAAAAACGUUACUUUUUACUGUAUUUAAAAAAAAAUUAUAAAAUCUGAUUUUAGAAGGAAUUUCUUCAUAUACAAUCCUACUCAACUGGUACAUAUAUGUAUAACCACUGUACGUGUGAUAGAUGGAUUUGUACAUCAUGUUUAAGGUUGAAUGUUUACAUAUUUAAAAUAUUAUUUAUAUAUGUCAUCUUAUAGUUGAAUUUAGUUCCAUGAAGAUUUAUAUAUAUAUAUAUAUAUAUAUAUAUACAUGUAGCCCAUGUUUCAUCAAUGAUAAUUCCAUGGGGAAGUUCUUUAGCCUAAAAUUUUCCACAGGAAAGCAUUAAAGAAUUUAAAGAAAAUCCCUGAACUAAUAUAUUUUCUAACUGUAUUUUUUAUCCUCGAACAAGUCCCUCUCUGGCCCCUAGUGUAAAAUUUUAGUAUUAAACUUUCGGGAGGGAUUUAUUUUGUGAACCUUUUUAAGCUAUUACCUAUAUGAAAAAAUCAAAAAAAUCAAAAAAUGCAAAAUUUAGACUUUAAUCUCCUAAUAACGUACAUUUGGUGGAACCAGACAAUAUUUUUCUUUCCAUCCGUCUUGUACAUAUGUAUACACUGUAUAUAUUUAUGUAAUGUUUAAGAUUAUCAGCACCCUAGCAGCUUCAUUUCUUGAGGGAUUUUGAUCAACACUUAUACACAAUUAUAAGGGUCUAUAAUAGUAUCUCAGAAAAAUUUGAGUUUCAGGGGUUUUGGGUCAAGGUUAACGUUACUGGUACUAUAUUAACAGGGGCCAGUAUAGUAUAGUAUAGGGGACUAAGUAUAGGGGACGUGUUUCUUAAACAAUGCCCAGUUUGCUUGUUAAUACUGUUAUAGUUUAACCCAAUAAUGCUUUUUAUUCCUUAUGGAAAAUGUUAUAUAAUGGACUUUUUUUCAGUUAACAAAUCCUGAUGAAACUUGGGUCAGCGUGUAUAUAUUACCAGGUAUAUAUAUUACCUGUACAUAUACUUGAAAAAUGAAAUGUUUUUGUGAUAAAAUAUACUUAUUCUUGUACAGUAUAUAUGUAUAUACAAAGGAAGACUCCUAUAAUUACUCCAUAGUCAGGGAACCACAAAAAUGGCUAAAGUGCUGUGAAGUAGAGUUUACACCCUGUCUUCUGAUAAAUAUUUUAAAAAAAUCAUGACUUAUUGAUUUCAACUAAUUGAUCAUGAAUAUAUACAUUGUAUACAUAUAUAUAUAUCUGAUAAUAGUUCAAAGUUCAUAUAUAUGAUUCAAGUAUGUAUAAUUCAUUACAAAACACAAAACAAAAAGUUGAUGGCUGGUGUAGCCAGUCUAGUAAAAUAAGGGAGCUUCUUAAAUCUUCAUUUUAUUAUUUUUUUUAUAUGUACAUAAUUAUAUGUGUGUGACAGCU